AUGCCAUAUAGAAAAUUGAAGGAAAAGACUCUAGAGUCUCUGUAUAAAAGUACACACUUCAGCAAAAAUGAACUAGAAGCUCUGUAUGCGAUGUACAGAAAGUUAGUUAACAGCGCUCAGACAAGUAUUUCGUCAUCUGCCAUCGGUCAACCGCCUGCUAAGUUUGACGGUAUAGACCAAUGCACAUUCCGAGAUUUAAUGCACAACACGUUCGAUCUGGUUACGGAAGAAACGGUGCUGGAGAGGGUUUGGGCGACUUGGGAAAGGGGGGCGAGCGGUGGAGAGGGGGCGAUCAAGUUCGAAGCGUGGGCUCGUGGACUCAGCAAGUUGUUGAGAGGAACGGAUGAGGAGAGACAGAUGCACUGCUUCUCUGUGUAUGAUCUGAAUGCUGACGGCUUCAUCACCAGGGACGAAAUGUUUUUGCUCUUGAAGAAUUCCCUUUUAAAGCAGCCAGGCGAUGAAGAUCCCGAUGAGGGUGUGCGAGAUCUGGUGGAGUUGGUAUUGAAGAAGCUCGAUGUGGAUAAAGAUGGGAAAGUGUCUCUGGAUGAUUAUAGACAAGCGGUAGAGCAGGAACCGUUGCUGCUGGAAGCUUUUGGCCAAUGUCUACCUUCAAGACGUCAAGCGCUUGCUUUUCUUAAGACAUUAAAUAACAAAUGA